AUGAAGCCAGUGGGAGUACAAACCAACUUGCAAAACCUCAAAACUUCGGACUCUGCACUCGCAUCCCUGGAGAUAGUACAUACCCUUUCACGAUCAAGGAAACAUGAAGCCUUAUUCAAAACUCAACCACACCCAUCUCACCAUCUUGAAUCCGUGAUCUCUUCUAUAAUCACAUACUCUCACACCUCCAAACAUCAAAAUGCUCUCAACAAUCCCUGA